AGUCGAAUGGUUAUAGACUUUUCAGAAUGUGGCGGACCGACUCUGUUCCUCUGUUUCCACUGCUUCUGGCGGCGCUGACGAUCGGCACAGCCCGCAGUCUGAUCUGUACACGCCGACCGGCAAACACGGCCACGCCCAAGUCGCCAGUGGAUGAGAACUAUGUGAUAAGCAUAACAGGCAAUCCGGAAACAUACAUUCUCGGACAGGAGUACAACGUUUCCCUGAAUGCAUUCAACGGGCAUCGCUACAUUAGCUUCAUUCUGGCGCUGGAGAACGAAAACGGGGACUUCAACUAUGCGGAUGACCUCGGCAGCUUUGAGCUGAGCGACAUGACCGAGUCGCGCUUCAGUCCCAACUGCAUAAACAUGGUGGAGAACACCAACACCAAUCCAAAGACCCACAUGCACCUGACCUGGGUGGCGCCCAGCGAGCCAGGCAGCGGCUGUAUCCUUAUGCGGGCUACGGUCUUGCAGCAUCGUGACGUAUGGCACAUGGAUGACGGUGGACUAACGCGACGUAUUUGCGAGGAGGUCGUUGACGAUGUGGAGAGCCAGCCGACGGCUCCUUUGAUGGAUAUACCCUGCUGUGCCUGCGACGAGGCGCGCUAUGAGCUGAUAUUUGAAGGCGUCUGGUCCCGCAACCUGCAUCCAAGGGACUUUCCAGCUCGAGGCUGGGAAACGCGAUUCUGUGAGCUUUUGGGGGCUGCCCACAGCGCCGACUACCGCUUCUGGGAAUCCGGAUCCCUGGCGAGCGAGGGUCUCAAGCAGUAUGCGGAGCACUGCAGCUCGCGUCUGCUCGAGCGGGAAUUCAGCAUCAACUUUCGGGAUCAAAAGAUCCGCACUAUUAUCAAGGCACGCGGCCCGUCGUUCCCCAAUAUGAGUAGCAAGUCCAUGGCCUCGGUGCGAGUGGAUCCAUUGCAUCACAUGGUAUCGUUUGCCUCCAAAAUAGAGCCCUCGCCAGACUGGAUCGUGGGCGUCAGUGGACUGGAGCUAUGUCUGCGGAACUGCACGUGGCUGGAGGGAAAGGUUAUUAAUUUGUAUCCCUGGGAUGUCGGCACGGAUGCGGGGCCAAGCUAUACGUCACCUGACCAGCCGCAGGUCCCUCCAGAUGUCAUCAGGCGCAUGCGUUCCGAUUUUCCAAAUGAUCCUCGCUCGCCCUUCUACGACGAGACGGGGGCUCCCAUGAAGCCCAUGGCAAUCCUGACCGUACGACGUCAACGCAUCUACGAGCGGCGCUGUGCGGAUGAAGACUCAAACAAUCCAGCAGAAGUACCCCGAGAGUGCCUUACACAUCCCUGGUCAAGCUGGAGCGACUGCUCAUCCAAAUGUGGCGAUGGCAUGCAGUACAGGAGACGCGUCUACAAGCAGCCUGAGCUGGCGAGGAUCUACAACUGCAAUGAGCCGCAGUAUGACGAACGCGAGUGCCAGGGCCAGAUGUGCGGUGCACAGAAUCUAAUGGGGAACGUUGAAGACUUUGAUGAUCUGGACCCUGGAAUGGGAAUGGGAACGGGCUUUGGCAUGGGCGCGGGAAUGGGCGGAAACAUCCGUCAGUCGUCCCAGCAACGAGGGCCCGAGUGUCAACUGAGCCGUUGGGGCAGCUGGAGUGCUUGCAGCGUGACCUGCGGAGAGGGCUACGAAAUGAGGCAGCGCCAGUAUCUCAAUCCUGGAGCCGAAUCGAAGUGCCAGAGUGUGCAUCGAAUGGACUUGCAAGAGACGCGCAAAUGUGAGGGCAGAGCUUGCCUCGGUAAUCUGCCAGGAUCAAUUAACGGCGACAUGGACAUGGGUAUGUCACCUUAUGAAGAGUCCAUGGGCGGACGAGGCGGCGGAGGCAUGUAUGGUCCACCCUCAGAACUAGACGCCAAUAGAUUUGAGGGAAACUCUAACAGAGGCUCUGAUGGGACUCCAAUAAAUCAGGAUCGAUCGGGAUUCGGCUUUUCGGUUGGCAACCUUAAAGGCCACACCCCCAUUUGGGGCGACAGCUCACAGAAAUCGGAUGCUAUGUGGCUUCCAGAGCGACAGACAACUCUGAACCAGAAGCCACCGUCCUACAAGCAGCCCAGGAUUCAAAGUAAUUACAAUGUCGCCGCCGGCUAUGAACCGAUAACGGAACCACCAUCACCCUGGUCACGCCAACGUCCCAGUGACAUUUACCAGCCGUCGCGUUUAGAGGAUGUAGAACGGGCUCCUUGGCAGCGACAGGGUCCCGGAAACACACACAGCAGAGAGUUCCUUACAUCGGAUACAGACAUUCCUGGCGCUGGUACAGAGCAGGAAGCAUGGCAACGACCCAAUGGCUACCGCAAUGGCGACACUGAUCCCGUCCUGUCGACCCGCUGCUUCCAAAUGCUGCACACCGUUCAGCCGCGCUGCCAAAAUCAAACGAUAACGGGACAGUUCUGGUUCUACAACUUCUGUGCCGAUGAAUGCAUGUUGUAUGCAACAGAUCCGUGCGAUCGCAAUUUGAACAAAUUCAGCAGAUGGGAGGAGUGCGAGAAGUGUCGCCUGCCUGAGUUCGCUCCCCUGCAGCAGAACCGCUCCAAUUCUCCGGAAUGCCAGGCACUGAGAGCCACAUGGUAUGCCGAGGAGAGAGUCCGGGAAGAGCAACGAGCGUCAAAUAGAAGACGGAAUUACGGUGGCCAACGGCAACGCGGUAGAAAUUAAAUUACCUAUGUACAUUUUAAUAUCUAGUAAAUACUUUUUUAGGUUUGCAUUAUUUCAUUAAGCUUUCUAACCAUAUAUGUAUUUAGUUAAUAAUAUAUUAGGGAUAAAACAGGA